AUGAGAAAUCGAUAUAAUAAAUUUUGUUUGGCGUUAUUGAGAUUUUUCCUUAAGGCAACUGCUACAUCCGGCGAUGAAAGUUUUAUAUUAGCAAGAGAAAAUUGUGAUGAUAGUAACAUUAAAACAAAAAAUGCCAUCAACAUAUUGAAUAAUUGCAAUUCAGAUUUAUUUCCAAAUGUUUCUAAGCUUUUGCAAAUACUGGUCACACUUCCUGUCACAUCUUGCGAAGCUGAAAGAUCAUUUUCUCCACUCAAACGCAUUAAAACUUACUUAAGAAACUCAACGUCCGAAUCGAGAUUGAAUGGACUAGCUGCUCUCAAUAUUCACUAUGAUAUUGAUGUCAAGUCCGAAGAAGUAAUACAGCGUUUAUCGAAUUUAAAGCGUCGUUUAGACUUUAUUUUAUAA